AUGUCGUCCAGCACUGCCAUCUCCCACGUCUCUGCGACCCUCGCCUCGCUGAGACUAGCUUCCACAAGCGCACGUGUCCAGUCGUUCAGGCAGUCUUCUUUCGUGCGUUCGGCCGCACUGAAGCAGCGCCUGGGCGCUAAAGUUGGCGCUGGAUCGCGAGUCUCGGCGUGGUUCAAAUUCGGCAAGAACGGCCUCGAUGCGGAGUCGUCGGGUAUCUACGGCAGUCAAGGGCGGGACGACUUCGACAGAGACGACGUGGAACACUACUACAACUACAUGGGUAUGCUGGCAGUGGAGGGCACAUACGAUAAGAUGGAGAAGCUCCUGAACACGGGCAUUCACCCUGUGGACCUUCUCCUCAUGAUGGCCGCUUCUGAGGGUGAUAAGCCGAAAAUCCAGGAGUUGCUCCGUGCUGGUGCAAACGCCAAUGUAAAGGAUAUGGAUGGGAGGACUGCACUCGAUAGGGCAGCUGACGAUGAGAUUAGGCAGCUUAUUGCUGAUGUAAAGCUAGUCAAACUGGCGAGCCAAAGCAGUAGCAGUAAGAUGGCCACAAAGGUGGAACCUCCGGUGGGGACUUGUCCACCGGGGAAGCACCAGUUCAUGCUGUGGCGAACGCUGUUCGAGAUAGACGCCAAGUACACUCCGAUCAAGCCUAUUGGGAAGGGAGCUUACGGUGUUGUGUGCUCAGCGAGAAACGCAGACACAGGGGAGAAAGUGGCCAUUAAGAAAAUCAGCAAUGCAUUCGAGAAUGCUACUGAUGCUCGUCGCACUCUCCGUGAAAUUAGGCUUCUUCGGCAUCUGUACCAUGAGAACAUCAUCGCAGUGAAGGACAUUAUGCCUCCUCCGGACAGGUUCACUUUCAAUGACGUGUAUGUCGUGUAUGAGCUCAUGGAUACAGACCUUCACCAGAUCAUCCGGUCAUCCCAGGCGCUGACAGACGACCACUGCCAAUACUUUAUCUAUCAGCUUCUCCGUGGACUCAAGUAUGUCCAUACGGCCAAUGUGCUGCAUCGAGAUCUCAAGCCCAGCAACCUCCUCCUCAACGCCAGUUGCGACCUCAAGAUUUGCGAUUUUGGUCUUGCUCGCACGGGAAGCGAGAAGGGCUUCAUGACAGAGUAUGUCGUGACUCGGUGGUACCGUGCUCCCGAGCUGCUGCUUUCCUGCGACGAGUACACUUUCGCCAUUGACAUGUGGUCCGUUGGCUGCAUCUUCGCGGAGCUUCUGGGACGGAAGCCGCUUUUCCCUGGAAAGGAUUACAUCCAUCAGCUGAAGCUGAUCAUCAACCUGAUUGGUUCGCCUGACGAAGACGACCUUCAUUUCAUUUCCAGCCAAAAAGCUCGCAGCUACAUCCGUUCGUUGCCGUACACUCCCAGAGUCUCGCUCUCUCGCCUUUACCCCAGGGCCAAUCCCCUGGCCAUUAACCUGAUUGAGCGGAUGCUUGUAUUUGACCCAAACAAGCGUAUCACCGUGGAGGAGGCUCUGGAGCAUCCGUAUCUGUCCAUGCUUCAUGAUCCUGCUGUGGAGCCGUCUGCUCCGGCGCCGUUUGAGUUCGACUUUGAGGAUGAGGAUCUGAAGGAGGCGGCGUUGCGUGAAAAGGUAUGGCAAGAGAUGCUGUACUACCAUCCAGAGGUGGUCAGCAACAGCUAG